AUGUCGACAUCUUUUGACGCAGAAAGUGCAGAAAACCUCGAAGAUAUCGAGAAGCAAUUCGCUGUGAAAGCAGUGAAACAAAUGGAAUCUUAUUGGAACUUAUUAAAGAGCAUUCCGGGAUCAAAGUUAAAAUUGACCAAGCACGAUGAUGAUAUAUAUGAACAGCUUCUCGAGUCUUUUCCUGAAUUCAAGGAGCCCGAAAAUGUGGCUGUAAUCAAUGAAGAUGACAUGAAAAGUACUGAAGGUAAAGUAAAAUGGAGAGAGUUCUGUGACAAGUUCAAUGAAUUAGAAGAUUAUAACUUUGGAACCUUAUUGAGAUCUAAGGCAGCUGAGGAAUAUACUCAGGAUGGAACUAUUUUUGUCGUUAGAAUUCAAUUUUAUGCCAUUGAAAUCGCUAGAAAUAGAUAUGGUUUGAACGAUUGGGUCUCUGCCAAAUAG